UUUAACUGGAUUCCACCAUCCCCUGAGGAGUUAAAAUAGUUGUGUGUUGCAUUUUGAAGCAAAGAGAGUAAAAAAGAAACAUGGAUCACAAUGAACUUCCAGUGAACUUGAGAGAAGACAAGAUAAGUGAAGAGACCAAGAAACUGAUCACUUCACUUCCAACAGACAAAGACUCUCAAGGGAACCUCUGCAAGUACCAAGGAUGCUGGUAUUACUACAACACUUUCCAAGCAGUCAUCAGUUUCCAGAAGCAUUUUCAGCCACAAGACACCGAUAUAAUCCUCGCUUCCACCCCAAAGUCCGGCACAACUUGGCUCAAGGCACUCACCGUGGCACUCUUGGAGAGAUCUAAACAUCAUGAUGAUCAUCCUCUGAACCAUCCAUUGUUAUCCAAUAAUCCUCACGCCUUAGUACCGUUAUUAGAGAGCUCAACACCGGACCUAACCAUGUUCUCACCAUCAUCCUCUACGAGGCUGUUUUCAACUCACAUGCCUUUUCACACCUUGAAGGAAGGUCUUAAAGGUUCUCCUUGCAAGGUUGUGUUCAUGUGCAGGAACGCAAAGGACGCGUUGAUAUCUAGGUUGCAUUUCAGAUGCAAGUAUGAGAAAAUCGAAGUAACUAGAAGCGUUCUCGAGCCGAUGUUCGAGUCUUUAUGCAGAGGAGUCAGCUUCUAUGGCCCCAUUUGGGACCAAGUCCUUAGCUAUUGGAGAGGCAGCUUGGAAGAUCCGAGUCGUGUUCUGUUCAUGAAGUACGAGGAAAUGAAAGAAGAGCCUUGUGUUCAGCUCAAGAGACUUGCGGAGUUCUUAGGUUCUCCUUUCACCGAGGAAGAAGAAGAGAGCGGAGGUGUGAACAAGAUCUUGGAGCUCUGCUCCCUGCGUAGUCUUAGCGACUUGGAGGCAAACAAGUCGGGAAAAACCGUUAACGGCGUGGAUUACAAGUUCUUUUUCCGAAAAGGAGAAGUCGGUGACUGGAAAAAUCAUCUCACUCCGGAAAUGGAGAGCAAGAUCGACACGAUCAUUGAGGAGAAGCUGAGAGGUUCAGGCUUGAGUUUCUAAGAGUAUAUUGUAUCCUCUGUUGUUGUGUUUCUACUAUUAACUUUAAUAAGAUUGUCACAUUGUUACAUA